ACUGGCGGUGGGAGGAGAAGGAGGCGGGCGGAUGGUCAUUUGGCUGCCUCGCAGUUAAGCUUCAGCUGCUUUAGUGAGGGGGGAAACAGAGCCUGGAGUAGAGGCGGCGGCACCCGGACUGGAGUUUGUGCGGCGCUCUGGUAACGGGAAGCUGAGAGAGGCCGUGAUAACCUGGGAAUAACGUGACCGGAGCUCACAGCCUGUUGGUAACAACGUGACAGGAGCAGCGCGAGACCUUGGUGACAGGAGUGACGCCACCUCGGAGCAUUGUGACCUGGGAAACCUGCUUGUUGCUCAGAUACCCCCGGGAUCUUGUCCGAUCAGUCUGCGGUUCUUAUAAGACCUGCUCCGUUUUCUUGUUGCCUCCGGCCUGCAGUGUUCCUCUCCGGACACCCUGCGUCACAUUCUCUUUAUGAGCCCGCAUGGAGUAGCGCUGUGGGCGGCGGCGGGGCAGGAGCGGAUUCCCGGGAUUAUAUGUGUCACAGGCCGGGAUUAUUGUUCUCCAUGUUUUCUCCUAGUCAGGAGGAGCACUGCGCACCUAACAAGGAGCCCAUCAAAUACGGAGAGCUGGUGGUGCUGGGGUACAAUGGCUGCCUCCCCAAUGGAGACAGAGGAAGAAGGAAAAGCAGGUUUGCACUUUAUAAACGUCCCAGAUCUAACGGAGUUCGAGCCAGCACAGUGCAUGUGAUUUCCACUCCACAGGACUCCAAGCAGGCAGUCAGCAGCAGAACUCACAGCAUCUCUUUUACCUUGUCCAGAAGUCAGACGGUUGUGGUGGAAUAUGCUCACGACAAGGACACGGAUAUGUUUCAGAUUGGAAGGUCAACAGAGAGCCCCAUAGACUUUGUAGUGACAGACACCAUUUCUGGUAACCAGCACGAUGAGACACAGAUCACUCAGAGCACCAUUUCCAGGUUUGCAUGCAGGAUUGUUUGUGAUAGGAAUGCACCAUACACUGCCAGAAUCUACGCUGCAGGAUUUGACUCCUCUAAAAAUAUUUUCCUUGGUGAGAAAGCUGCCAAGUGGAAGAACCCAGACGGUCACAUGGAUGGACUGACCACCAAUGGUGUUCUGGUAAUGCACCCAAAGGGAGGCUUUACUGAAGAGUCAAAACCUGGGGUAUGGCGGGAGAUUUCAGUGUGUGGCGAUGUUUACACGUUACGGGAAACCAGAUCAGCUCAACAAAGAGGAAAACUUGUGGAAAAUGAAAGCAACAUACUUCAGGAUGGGUCCCUUGUGGAUUUGUGUGGUGCCACUCUACUAUGGAGAACAGCGGAUGGUUUGUUUCAUACGCCAACUCAAAAACACAUUGAAGCUCUGCGACAAGAGAUAAAUGCUGCCAGGCCUCAGUGUCCUGUUGGAUUAAAUACUUUAGUUUUUCCCAGUGUCAAUCACAAAGAUGUUGUAGACGAGAAGCAGCCCUGGGCUUACCUCACUUGUGGUCAUGUGCAUGGCUACCAUAACUGGGGCCAUCGUAGUGAUACGGAAGCAAAUGAACGAGAAUGUCCUAUGUGCAGAACAGUUGGCCCUUAUGUGCCUCUCUGGCUUGGCUGUGAAGCUGGAUUUUAUGUGGAUGCUGGACCUCCCACCUAUGCAUUCAUUCCUUGUGGACACGUCUGCUCUGAAAAAUCUGCUAAAUACUGGUCUCAGAUCCCUCUUCCUCACGGUACACAUGCAUUUCAUGCUGCCUGCCCGUUCUGCGCAACACAGCUUACAGGGGAGGAGAGCUAUGUCAAACUCAUUUUCCAGGGGCCUGUGGACUGAAGGGUAUUUGUAACAGGCAUAAAGUUUUAUUAAGAAAAUAAAAAAUAUAAAAAAAAUACUGUGAAUUUUUCACCUGUUAUAUAUAUAUAAAAAAAUACCUUUUUCUAUAAUUUUAUUAAUGGGUAGAACACAGGUUGUCAAUUACUCCAGUGCCCCGAAACUGGGUAGAUGUCAGUGCUUUGGCAUGCAUACCAGCAGCUUAUCCAUGGAAGUCCUUUUCUGUCCAAAUAAUUGUUUGUAAAUCACUUUUAAUACAAACCCUUUAUUUUAAAA